UUUCUUCUUCAUCGUCAGUUGACGCGACUUAUUUGGAAUGUCAAACAAUGUGGCUAACUGCAUUCCACAAGAGUUUAUUAUUAACACGUUCCUUGUAGUGUCUGCAUUCAUGAACUGCGUUUUGUUCAGCAUGUAGUUGACAAAACUUAACUUUUUAUAUAGAUAAACAGGGUCUUUUUCAUAAGAGCUUCUCGUCUGCUAUUCACUAGCCAUUUUCUGCUUCUAACACGAAACAUUAAUCACCAAUAUACAUUUCGUUUGCAAGUGAAUCCUGACGAUACAGUUUAGUAACAUAAUGGUAUAUGCCUCUCAGGGUCCUUAGGAAACCUAUGAAAAGACAGAUGUGGUAUCUUCUUCUCCUUGUUGCUACAAUUUAUUGUGCUACACUACGCUCCCGUCUGCAAAAAAGAUUGUACAAACCAAAAUAAACAACUAUUAUUCGCUUUCAUGAUCGCGCCGAUCUCAACAGUUAAACUUACUGGCCGCUUGGCGCGCGCUGACGUAGCAGACAACAAAAUUGAGAUGAAUUGUCGCGACUGUGGUUACUUGUUAGACUGUGUGAAGUAUCUUCGAUAUUUGUGGUGAGAGGUGGGGAUUUGUUAUGGUGCGGUGCAGCGUGUUUGCUUAUAGGUUAUGUUUUAGUUUGCCGACGAAGUAGCUGUACUUGAAAAAUUACACGAUGGAUAUGCAUUUGAAAUUAUUUUUCUUAGAAGAUUGCUUCAAACCUAAUAAUGGAUACAGUUAUCUUCGUAAUUCUUUGAAUUCACUUCUCGAACACAAAACGUUUUCUCUGAAAGGGAAGAACGAAAUUCAGUCAGUCGUUGCCUUCAUCAAUACCAAAUUGAAUUCUCAUGGGGACAGAGUGAAAGGCCUACAUUUGUUAAACGUAUUUCUUCCACAGUGUUCAGAUGAUGUGUUCAUUGAUAACUGUGUAUCAUGGAUGCAACAAUGCGUCAGGAUUUGUAGCAGUCCCAGAGAAAAGGAAAUAAGUUUACUGGUUUAUGAAGUACUUGGAAAUCUCUUUCAGUACGCAGGAAUGAUACAGGAAUUAACAAAGCCGGUUUCUGGAUCUGUAAUCCCAAAAUUCUUGGAGCAUGUUCAUCAUGUUUCAUCAAACUUUCACUCCCAGACAGAGAAUGCUGCUUAUUUAUUACGCUGUUUGGAGUUUGCAGUGAGGAACUAUGGAGGUUCAUGUGGUCCACAUAAGAGUAAUAUUGAACAAUUCCUUAUGAAAUUCAUUGAUAACCCAGAUAAACAAACUGUGCAGUUGGCGGCUAGAUGUGUUGCUGUUUUGCCACUUGUUGGAGGUGGUGGUGUUCUGAACGUCAAUCACAAGAACUCUUGGGAAGUUUUACAGAAGAAAUUGGUUCUAUUCCUUCAGGAGACUUUGGAUGAACUGUUUGAAGGAGUGCCUGAGGUCCAGUUAUUUCAGAGCAGUGAGAGGACUGGCACAGAGAAGUUACACAUACCUGUAUUUGAAGAAAGUGAUCCUUUUCUCAGAAUACAAAGAUUGGCAAUGAGAUUCAUUAAUCUCUCAUGCUUCCUUCAGGAAUUGUUAGUACGUGAGCUUCCUGUUGCUAAAAGAGUGAUGCCACAACUGUUCGUAAACCUUUUUGUGAGGGGUUUUGGUGUUAAUAGCAACACUAUAUCAAAACAUGUUACUGCAGAUAAGCUAAUUGUGGGAUGUCUGAUACCUCAGAUGCAUAUUGCUAUGUUUAAAUUACUGGGAGCUUUAAUAAUGUGCUGUGGCCAGAACUUGUUGGAGUAUGGUUCUCUCAUCUGUAAAUUUGUAUUGCAAACACUGAAGUGGACAUCGUAUGACAAACACUGGCCACAUGGAACUGAGAGGCCUUAUGGGCUGUUGCGGAAAGAAGCGUACAACACUUUCACACUGUGGUUGAAAGUAGCAAAGGCUGGAAGUUGUGUAGAAAUAUCUUCACCUGAUGAGCUCAUUGGCUUACUGUUGGGCGAUGUGAAAAUAAGUCAUACUGCAGUAACUCUUUCGGCAGCAAAGGCCAGAGGUCGUCAUCUAACUAAACAACAACGUAAACAGUUGAAGUUAGGUCAAGAAAGUUCUGCUUCAUCAUCAGAAUCUUCUUGGUCACGUACAAAGCUAUAUGAUGAAACUGCCAAUCAUGGCACAUGUGCUGCAGCAUUGAGAACACUGCAAUGGAUUGUGCAGAGUGCUGGACCAUUUCUUAAACCAACAUUGCAUAAGAUGAUUCAAGAGGAACUGCUGAAAAUUCUGCUCAAAAUUGGACGUGGUGAGAUUUUUGCUCCAUAUAGUGACUGGAAAUGUCGUUUGGAACUUUAUCAGUUACUUCACACACUUGUUUUUUGGCCACAUUGUUCAUGGCCACCACCACUACAGUUCGCCAUUCAGCUUAUGCGUGUUGGUCUUUCAGAUCCUUGUGUAAAGGUUGCAAGUUUCUGUAGCCAGUCGCUGAACAACUUUGUCAAACUAGUUCAUCCUCUCAGCAGACCACUUCAUUUCACACUAUCUGUUGACGAUAUGCAGGCAGUGAUCCAAUUAGAAAACAGUCACAAGAAUAGAGUAAUUUUUAGUGAAAGCAUGGAGACUGACAGAUCCAAACUUAGCCCAGAGCAAGAUAGUGAGCUGCUGCAAGUUUCUAGCAGUCCUAAGCAUAUACAUAAUGCUUCAGAGAAUCAUCUUCAUGGAAGAGAUACAAGUACUGUUCAUAAUAAUACUGACGAGAGAAUUAUAAAGACAAAGACGGUGCAUGAUAAAAAUAUUUUUGAUUUAUGCAGUAGUGAUGUUCCACAUUCACAUCAUGUUACUAGGUGCCAAGAUAAUGAUGGAAGCAGUGAUGUUCCAAUGGAUCUAGUGACACACAACAAUACAACUGUCCAGGAACUCCAAAGCAUUGUAACACACACAAAAUAUUGUGACCAAAAUGACAGUGAGUUAGAAACUCAGAAUAACUGUAACAUUCCACUACAUCUAAAAUUACAUGACUCAGAGGAUGAACUACAGGACAGAUAUAUUGAAACUACAGAGGAUUCAUGUAUUUCAAGUUUACUUGCUGUUGCCAAGAAUGAAACCAAAGAAAAAUAUGAGACAGUUAAAAGUAAUUUCUUACCUGAAAAACAUGAAGUUACAAGACUAGGAGGCAAAGAUGAGGAGGAGAAUGAAGAAGAAGAAGAAGAAAAAGACAGUGAUAAAAAUAAUGUAGACAAAAAUCAGCGUGGAGAUCAAACUGGUGGUGGUGGUGGUGGUGGUGGUGGUGGUGGUGACAAUGAUGAUGACGAUGAUGAUGAUGAUGAAGAUGAUUAUGAUGAUGAUGGCGAUGAUGAUGACGAUGAUGAAAUGAAGAAUGCUUUCUUAAUGCAUGGAAAGGAAUCCACUGUUAAAAAGCGGGUGAACUUCAAUAUUUCUGAUAAGACUGCAGAGAAAUCAAUUAUGCAUAAGGCACCUAUAUCAUCAAAUAAUUACAGCAUCAGUUACUUAUAUGAUCAGAGCAGUGAUAGUAAUGACAGUGACAUUGAAACUGACAUUGUCACAUGCUCUGUCUCUCCUGAAAUUAAUGAGGUAGAUAAAGAAGAAUUAAAAGAAGUUAAUUCAUUGAAAAACCCACAUAUUGCAAAAACUGAAGCUGAUGAACAUAGCCAAAUAUGUACAAAAAAUGAAAACUGCAAUGAAAAUAACAUAGUUAAUGAUGAAAUGCAACCAGUUGGUACUCCUCCAAAAUUGAUAAAUGCCAUGAAUGAAGAGAAACAAAGUAGUGAAAAUCACAUGGACAGCACAGAUAACAGUAAUAUUGCAAAUGGUGUUUCGCAGCAGAAAGUUUUGCUUAACAAUCUCUGUGAAGCAGAUGAAAGUGAAGUUGAAGUUGAUGUUUUGACUAUCUCUAACACUGAAAAGGAAGUAGUAGAACACACCCAUAAAAAGAAAGUGGCAAGUGUCUUAGGUGAAGGAACUCUGAAAGAUAAAAAUAAUGCUAGUGAAAAUGAGAAAGAGAAUGAUAAUGAAAAUGAAGAAGUUUCAUUUAUAGAGAUAGCACAAGUAAAUGAAACUACUACACUUCCAGAUGAAAUGAAUGUUAGUAGUGAAAUUCCAAAAGAGCAUGAUGUUAGUACCGAAGAAACUUCAGUUAUGGAGGUAGUAAAAGUAAAAGAAACUACUACACUUCCAGAAGAAACAAAGGUUCCCACUGAAGAUCACUCUGAUAAUGUUGAAAAUUCUGCUUCAGAAGUUCAAGGUGACUGCUGCAUCACUGUUGAAGUAGAAGAUAGAUUCGUAGCAUACAGUAACAAUAAGAAGACAGAGUUAGUGGAUGAAACUGACACUGCAAACCACGGCAAAGACAUUCAAUUUGAGAGGCAGUGUAAGACUGAAUCACAUGUAGAGAUUCCAGAGGAAGAAAUAAGAUUACAGGACAAGAAUAAGGGAGUUGGCAAUGAGCAAAUAAUAAAAAAGCAAACUAGUGUGUCACCUAAUGGACAAGAAUUGAUGCCCGAAACAGACUGGCACCAAGUACAAAAGGAAGUAGAUGAAGUGUGCAUGAACUCUGCUGCAGCAGACUCAUUCACAGAGACAGAACAGAUAGAUGCCAAGAAUUUAACUGAACCCGUUACAAAGAAACGUAAGCUGGAAUCUUGUGUUCCUGAAAUGGAAAAUGAAAAUAAUUGUCAUGAGCAGCAAAAACAAGUAGUAGUUUAAAUAUUUGAUUGUAUUGUUUUUGAAUGUUUUCAGGCAGUCAGUCUGUAUGUAACAACUGUUUUUGUAAAGUUUUGUAAACAAAUGUAAUCAUUAUGUAUUCUGCUUAUUUAAUAAAUAAUUACUCUGUUGUGAACAUGAAAA